AUGGCGGGGUACGAUCAGCGGAUUGCAUAUCAUGCGAAGCGCUUCAGAGCCCACGUGGCUCCUGAGAAGGUUUUGCAUCGCUACGCGCAACGGCUGGAGAUUUUUCCAGGGAUGGGCGAAGUGCAGAGGAAUGCUUUCCACGUAGCAUCUUGGCUUGUGACGCUUCCACCAGAGCAGGCUCUGGUUCAUCAUGGAGACUGGUCAGCAGCACUGCUCCUAACUCGCCAUUUGGAGCUCAUGAAGGGUGCUGAAGGUCUUUCUGCUCGACUGAGCUGGGUUCUUCGUAGACUGCAGGAGGCUGCACUUAUCAAUGAAGAGGUGGACCCACACUGGAGGGUCCUUGCGACUCAACUUUGA